UUAUAAAACCAUUGGAGUGAACUCUGCUUUUGGAAAGUAAGUGGAAUUUCAUUUUCAUGUUUGGCUUUGCCCAACCUCUGUUUCAUUCUCUGAGGGCUCCUCUGUUCUUGAACUGGAUUGGGACCGGGAUGUAUAUCCAAAAACGUAAAUGCAAUAGGCAGCAUAUUUUUAGCAACCGAGGAUACAGCUUGAAUAGAAUUUCUGCCUGUUUAUCUUUUUUUCUCAGUUCAUUCUUGUAUUGUUGAACCUGUGGCUUUUAUCCGCCAAGUUUUGAUUCACUGGAUUUCCUACAUGGUGGCUAAUAAUUAGUAUCAAGAGAUGUCUUGGACUUAAUGAACAAGCCUCUGAUAGUAGAACAAUUUCUGGUAAGGUUUACUGUUUUUGUGUUGAUGGUGUUGAUAAGCAUAAGACUCACUCUGCUGGCAUUGGUUUUAUUGUGGUUAAUCACAUUGGUAUUAGUCUGGUUUGUGCAGACAAUUUCUCUGAUCCUGUCAACCCCUUUUUUGGUGCAUACACUGAUGAUGGAGUCUUUCAUUAAUCUUGGAAGAUCGAUGAGCUCUUGCAGCUUCCUAUGCGUCCCAAGACUUGCUAGUGUUGCUGCUGGCUGGAUUGCUUGUGCAGUUUUUAUAGAGAAGUGCUUUAACGAGUGGGUGUUACAACCCCCUUUCCAAGCAGUGUUCUUCCUAGCUUCGGAUUGUGUUGAUGCAAGGAUUUUAGGGACUUAGGACUUACUUCCUCUGUUUAAAAAUGUAAA